AUGAAGCUUCUUGUGUGUGUAUUAGUGUUCGCGGCCUUGUCUGCAGCUGAGGAGAAGGUGGAGAAACACGCGGUAGACAAUUUUGAGGAUAAGGCUGAAGAAGACAAACAACCCGAGAAGCGAGGACUUGGAGGUUUCGGAGGUCACGACUUCGGAGGUCAAGACUACGGAAGGCAUGACUUCGGAGGAGGCGGUUAUGCAGACUUCGGUGAGGAUGACCACCGUCACGAAGUGAAGACCAUCACCGUCACCAAGGAAGUUCCGGUGCCCUACCCAGUAACAGUCGAGAAGAAGGUUCCAUACCCCGUGAAGGUUCCUGUGGACAGACCAUACCCGGUACAUGUACCCAAACCCUACCCAGUCACUGUAGAGAAGCGUGUGCCUUACCCAGUCAAGGAGUACGUACCUCAGCCCUACCCAGUUGUGAAGAAAGUCCCGUACCCUGUGAAGGUCCCAGUUGAUCGACCCUACCCCGUGCACGUCCCUAAGCCGUACCCUGUCUACGUGGAGAAGAAGAUCCCCUACCCUGUAGAGAAACACGUGCCCUACCCUGUAAAGGUGCCAGUGGAUCGCCCAUACCCCGUGCACGUUCCUGUUGUAAAACACGUGCCUUACCCGGUCGAGAAGAAGGUGCCGUACCCGGUGAAGGUACCAGUGGAGAAACCAGUUCCCUACCCAGUGCCUAAACCCUACCCCGUGUACGUGGAGAAGAAAGUGCCUUAUCCCGUAGAGAAGCCAGUGCCGUACCCUGUCAAAGUUCCUGUCCACAUUCCAAUCCAUGUGCACGAGCCCAAACAUGGCAGCUACAGCCAUUAUGAGACGUCCUCAAGCCAUUCUGGAUACUAA